AUGGCGUUACAAUUCUCCACAGGAUGGUCGAGGUUCAUAACCUUGGUCGGAUACCACCAUGUAUUGAUGAUAUUCAUCGCCCUUGCUAUCAUCCUGCUUUCUCUCCUACUCGCCGGCUGCUCGUCUUCUUCUCCGCAAAUUCCCAGUAUCUUCCUCAUCUCUCUUUACUAUACCAAGUAUGCGCCCAACUUCAAUCCGGCCCAGGUGGACCCGGGCGUGGUGAACGCCAUCGCCAACAUUGUGGGAGGAGCGGAGCUUGAAGUUCGAGUGGGGUACUUUGGCAUCUGCGUCUCUCCCGAUGGAGGCUCGUUCAUCUGCAAUGCCAACGCCACGGCGCUGGCGGAGGUUGUCAAUGUGGACCAGGAUCCGCUGAAUCUGAUCUGGGUGGCGUCGACGUUUAAGGAUGCGGUUGUUUUUCCGUACUUGAUAAUCGUCGCCAUUGUCCUCGCGUUCUUUUGCUUUGUCUUGCUCGCCACCUUCCCCGGCUGGCACGAGGAGAUCGAUGCCAGUGGAUCCGAACGGGAAGUGAAACCAUUCCCAUCGCGGCCGGUGUCGCAGGUCGCUUUAGCGCUGAUAUUUGUGGCGGCGGUCUUUGUUCUCGUGUCGGUAUUGUGGCAGCACACCGCGUCCGUUGCGGCGAGUACGAUAGCGCAGGACAUGGGGAACGGAAGCGUCAAGAGUGGCGUGGGCACGUCGGCGAUGAUCCUGGGGUGGUUUGGCUUUGGGUUGUUGGUGGUCGUGACGAUCGGACUGCUCGUGAUGAUCCUGAGCAUCAGCCUACUGAACCAGUUGACGGACGAGGAAUGA